GGGAUCAGCUGACAGUGACGUCAGCGAACAGCAGCGGCUGCUCUUCUGGUUGUGGUUCCACGGUGUUUGCUGUCCGCUGAAGCAUGGCGGCGACACACGGCUCCGACACGGAGGGGGACGGCCUCGAGACCCCGCUGCUGGCGCGCGGGAAGGACGGACGAGUCCCGCGAGCGCCGGCUUGCUGCUCGUCUCGUUACGGCCUGGCGCUGCUCUCCUGCUACGGCUUCUUCGUGGUCUACUCUCUGAGAGUGAACCUGAGUGUGGCCAUGGUGGACAUGCUCAACACCACGCAUCAGACCAACCACAGCGCCUCCGUGUGUCCCGCGCACCCCAGCCCAGCACGGCCCAAAAACAACCACACGGCUAAUGUCUACAACUGGGACUCUGAGACUCAGGGCUGGAUCCUGGGCUCCUUCUUCUACGGCUACAUUCUGACCCAGAUCCCUGGCGGCUACAUGGCCGGCCGCUUCGGAGCCAAGUGGCUGAUGGGUUUUGGGAUCCUAGGAACUGCAGUUUUCACACUUCUGACACCCUUGGCUGCUGAUCUUGGGGCAAGCUACCUGAUAGCUGUGCGGGUGCUGGAAGGGAUCGGAGAGGGUGUUUCCUUUCCUGCCAUGUACACCAUGUGGGCAGCGUGGGCCCCCCCGCUGGAGAGGAGCCGCCUGCUCACCAUUUCAUACCUCGGCGCUCAGCUGGGGACGGUGAUCUCCCUCCCUGUAUCGGGUCAGAUCUGCUUCUACCUGGGCUGGACCUAUGUCUUCUACAUAUUUGGUAUCAUUGGGCUGGUGUGGUUCGUCCUCUGGGCGUUUUUUGUCUUCGACAGUCCAAACACUCAUCCGCGCAUAUCGGAGCGGGAGAGACUCUACAUAACCAACUCGCUCAAGAACGAGCUGUCCCCCUCGGCGGGCUUCAUCCCCUGGCGAGCCAUUUUGACGUCGCGGCCGCUCCUGGCCAUCGUUGUGGCUCACUUCUCCUACAACUGGACCUUCUACACGCUCCUCACUCUGCUGCCCACCUACAUGAACGACAUACUGGGAUUCAGCAUCCAGCAGAACGGGAUGCUGUCGGCUCUGCCGUAUGUCGGCUGUGCUUUGUUCGCCGUGGUGAGCGGGCAGAUCGCCGACUACCUGCGUGAAACCUGCCUGUACCCGACCGUCACCGUCAGGAAGUGCUUUUCCCUCGUUGGCAUGAUCGGUCCGGCCCUGUUCCUGGUGGCAGCGGGUUUCAUCGGCUGCGAUUACACUUUAGCCGUCACUUUCCUCACCCUCUCCUCCUCUCUGGGUGGAGUGUCGGCCUCUGGCUUCAACAUCAACCACCUCGACAUCGCUCCUUCGUACGCAGGAAUUCUGCUGGGAAUCACCAACACUUUUGCCACCAUUCCUGGCAUGGUGGGACCGGUCAUUGCAAGAGCGCUCACUCAACACAACACCAUCGCAGAAUGGCAGGUGGUCUUCUACAUCGCUGCAGCCAUCAACGUGGUCGGGGCGUUGUUCUACUCUGUGUUUGGCCGAGGGACGGUGCAGCCGUGGGCCGUCAGCGAGGUCUACCCCCACGGAGACUGAGCCAGGAACUCGUUUCCUUUCCACAGACGGCUGCAAACGUGCAGCAAACCCGAAUUUUACACUCAAAUGCUUCAAUCUACUUUAAAGUUUUAUGUUUUAAUCAAACCCCACAGUUGAGCUCUUUUUUUAUUAUCUGUGGUAAUCAAAAUGAAUUGAGUGAAGUUUUUUGGCACUUCUGUAUAUAAAGAGAACGCAAACUGUUUGCAUCUUUUACCAAAAGUGCCGGAAAAUGUUUUCCCUCAACACGCACAAAUGAUGGACACGCCUUAAAAGAAAACAGUUCUGAUUUUUAAAUUCCAGUUUUUAUGUAAGGGAAUUGAUUUUGUCAAGUUUAUUUUGUAUUUCUAAACCUUCAGCUAUUAUUUUUUACCUCACUGAUGGAUAAAAAGGGAAUCCUGCAGCAGGUUUUGCACUUUUUGUCUCAACUCAGGUGUUGAAUCUGUACCAUUUCUGUCGGCAAGUGUCGUGGUCACCGUGGAUCGUGACGUAAACUUGUGCCUUAAUUUUUAGAUUUACAAGGGAUCGGACAUUCCAGCUCUGUAGCUUCAUUCUGUUGAAAAUACUUCAGUUACUGUUUACAACUUACAAGGGAUUUGUGUCAGAUAAGCUGAGUCAUUUUUGUUUCCGUAAAUGUUCUAAAACACAAAAUGUAAAUACAUCUAUAAGCAAAUGAA